GCUGGAUAGCGUGACCCCCUCAAAAUAAAGGGGGGGAUUCACUGAAGAAACCAGCACUCUCUCCUGGAUUAAAAGGAGAGACAAAGACAAAGAAAUAUAACCUGCCGGCAGCAAAACAACAAAACCCCAGAAGCAAGCCCGCAGCGAACGGGGCGGCGCGGGAGGCAGAGAAGCGCCGAAGCGCCUGAACGCCGAAGCGCCUGAACGCCGAGCCGGCUUCAAACUGAGGACGGGGGAAGCAGCAACUUCACUGUAAGCAACCUUCCAUAUAACAACUGGAACAUAAUAAACUUCUAAAAGAGAAAAAGGACUGUAAAAGUUUAUUUCGAGCGGGCGUAGUCUGUAUUUACUGGAGGGGCGGAAGAAAAGUGAAGCAGGUGUGGUGGAUUUAAAACCCCCGCCCGACAUUGAAAGCAUUAAGGACUUUCCUGAGAGAAAGGGGAAAACUACAGGACUGUAAUACUAUAAAACCUAACAAAACAACUUAGAAUUAAUAGUUACCAAAGAAAUGAAUAAAACCAGAAAAGCAAGCCUUAUUGAGAAAUCGGAAAAGACGGAAAUGGAAGCGAAACUUGAUUACGUAAUUGAAAUGAUGAAUGGCAUGCAGAAGGACAAUACAAUGCGGUUUAACGAGCUAGAGGGCAAAUUAAGUGCAAUGGAUAAGAAAUUUAAUACGGUCUGUACAGAAAUUAAUGAUAUGAAAUCAGAGAUUAAAAUAAUUAAAGAUAUGAGUCAAAAAAUGAUGGAGAUAGAACAAAAGUGUAACCAACUACAGGAUCAUCAAAAUGAGAGUGACCAGAGAAUGCUUGACUGGGAAGUGGAGUUUAAAAAACUGGAGAAUCAGGUAUUAUUAACAGAGCUACACCAAAAACAAAAUAUAUUGAGACUGAGAGGUGUACCUGAAUAUGAAGGAGAAAAAACAAGAAAAUUAAUUAUAACAAAUCUAGCCAAAUACUUAGACACUGAAGAUGACGUGAUGGAGGAAGAUAUCGAAAGAGCUUUUAGGUUGAAUCAGAAACCAUCCGGAGAAGGUAGAGAAAGAGACAUUUUGGUCUUCUUCGCUAGACAAAAAACCAAAGAAGAGAUUUUGAAAAAAAACUCCAAAUCCAAGUUAAAAAUAAAUUCCAAAGAAGUGUUGAUUCUGAAAGAGACACCUUAUAAAAUUUUGAAGAAGAGGCGUGAAUAUGACUUCCUUACAAGUGUACUGAGAAAAACAAAUAUAAGAUAUAAAUGGGAAGAUAUUGACGGACUCUCCUUAACUUAUAAAGAGAGAAGAAUGAAAAUCACCUCAAUCCAACAAGCCAAAGAAUUCUUGGGUAAAAUAGAAAAUGAACUCAAAGACUAGAAUAUUGGUCGCAAGAAAUUGGAAAAGUGAAGAACUCCCAAAGAUAACGGAAUGGAUCAACAAAAUUGUAGAAUAUAUGGGAUAUGACAAAUUGUCAACAAUAGUUAAAAAUGGAAUGAUAGAUGAUUUUGUUAAAGAUUGGAAACCGCUGCUAGACUAUAUGGAUAAAACGAAAAGACAAACAGAAAUUCUAAGUUUAUGUAAAUAUUAAAGGAAUAUCAGAAGAAGAAUGAUAUACCCCCCAGUUUAUGUUAUAUUAUGUAAGAAAGGUAGAUAUUAGGUUUAGAAGUUUGGUAAGAAGACUAUAAGAAUUGUUAAAUAUGGGAAGAAACUUUCUUUUAAAUAAUGCGAAGAAAUGUAAUAGAAUAGAAAUCGUAUAAAAGUAGAAAAUAGUACUAGAAUAGUAAUUUUUUAAAUUUGUAAGUUGGUGUUGUGUUUUUGUGUUUUGGUUAAUCGUUAUGUAAUGGAAGUUUAUUGGAUGAUUCUAUGUAUGUGAUGU